AUGGUGAAAGGAACCAAAAUAACUUUAUACCUGCUGCUGCUGCUGAGCUAUACGUACGUACAAGCAGCGUACUUUUACGUGAAGGAAGGGGUCGAUAAAUGCUUCGUAGAGAGCGUCGCAAGCAAUGUUGUCAUAACGUCGUCCUAUGAUAAUUUUGGAUUAAAAGGCAAGGAUGCUUUUGCACACAAUAUAAAGAACCAGCAGGGAAAAGUUGUGUAUUCCCAUGAGACGUCUAAAAUUAGUAAAGGUAAAGUAUCGUACUUGACGAAAAAAAAUGGGCUGUAUUAUAUUUGCAUCUCUUGCCCGUCUUCCAACUGGUUUAAAAGCGCGGCCAUCAAAUGGAGCCUAUCCAUAGAGGUUGGAGGGUCAGAUAUGGAUAUCGAAAAUGUGGCAAAGAAAUCCGAGUUGAGUGAUACAUUAGCUAUUUUGCUGAAUCUGAAAAAGAAAUUCACCUCCAUGAAGUUGCAGCAGAUGUAUCAAAAGCAAAUGGCGACGAAUUUGUACGAACACAACAAAUCGGUACACAACAAGAUGUUCUACUGCUAUAUAGUCGAAAUUAUAAUACUCGUGGCUAUUACCGUUUACUCGAUUGUGCAUUUAAAAGAUUACUUUAAGGCCCAAAAAUUGAUGUAA